AUGUACUUACCUCUACUCCCGCGUACGUAUAGCCUCAACGAGCACGUCCUAUUCACCCACUGUAACGAGGACUCAGGCGGCGGCGACCGAGAGUACCGGUGCGACCAGUGUCCCAAAGUAUUCAACUGGAAGUCCAACCUAAUCCGGCAUCAGGUCGCUCACGACGACUCCCGGCGCUACACCUGCGAGAACUGCAAGAAGGUAUUCACCGACCCGUCGAACCUACAGCGGCACAUCCGGUCCCAGCAUAUAGGCGCCCGAUCGCACGCCUGUCCCGACUGCGGCAAGACCUUCGCCACGAGCUCCGGCCUCAAACAGCACACCCAUAUCCACUCCAGUGUUAAGCCCUUCCGGUGCGAAGUCUGUUUCAAGGCGUACACCCAGUUCUCCAACCUCUGUCGCCAUAAGCGUAUGCACGCCAACUGUCGGCUACAGAUCAAGUGUAAUAAGUGCGGACAGGCAUUCAGCACCGUUACCUCACUCUCGAAACAUAAACGCUUUUGCGAGGGCACCGGCAGUUCCCAUAACCAGUCAGCGCCUACACUACACCACUCGUCGCCGAUCUCACCGCGAAAUGCCGGACACAUAUCGUCGCUAAACCUAUCGUCGCCCGACUCUAACAGCACCGGCAGGAAAGGUAUCAACGAUUCGUCAGCGCUCGCCACAGCGUUGGCCGAUAUCGCCAGUUCCCCGCAGACUACUGGAGCCGCAGCAGCAGCCGCUGCCAACCCAUUCUUAUCAGCCUUUCAUCCCAGGCCUGGCUUUCCGUUUUAUCCGCCAUUCUUUGGCACCACUUUUCCUUCGCUAUUCCCGCAAACGACAGGCGCUGGACAAGUAGCCGCCUUUCCCGGCAUUCCCAGCCCACUCAGCGCCGACAGUAAACCGCAUUCAAGCCCAUUGAGCGCCGGUAUCUCACGUAUCAACCACUCGACGCCAGUGAGCGAAAGCGACAACAGUUUUCUGUCGCCUAAUAGUAGUAAACACCGGGAGUUGGAGGACCUGUCGCUCAAUAAGACAGACAUCUCUGUCGAUAAUAAUCACCAGAACUCGAGUUCUGCGGAAACCAAUCAAAAACAGUCCACUCGUGAGGACAACAACACUGAGACCGCGAAUCAGUCAUCCACUCGCAAGCGAUCCAGACAUUCAUCGGCCGAUAGCGUCGGCACCGAUCUCUCUGAAGACAGGGAGGACUCGGACUUAGACGACGAGGAGACCGACGAAGAGGUGGCCAUCACUGGCGACUCGGACUCGGACGCUGAACAGCCAGCCCUCCGAACAGGCGAUACCUCAUCGCCGGCAGACAAACCCAACCGCAAGCAAGACAUCAGUGACUGCGCCGACAUCCCAGACAUGUCCGGCACACGCGAGUCAUCCCCAAAACAAGGCGCCAUAUGCCCGGUGCAGAUGAUAUCAGCCAACGGCUUCAUCAGACCCCUGUCCCUAAUGGUGGACCACUUGCACAGCGAACUACCGUUUGAUUUAUCGCGUAAUAAUGGCGCCAAACACCAGCGCCGGCUACUCGAGGACUCGCCUGAGUUUAAGUCGAAAGUACGCGAGGAGUGCGCGGACGAGCCUUUAGACCUGUCUGUCAAACACCAGUCCCACCACAAGCGAGGGGACAGUCAUCACCACAACCACCACAAUAACCAUAAUAACCGCCACUCCCUGUCCCCACACUCUCUGUCGGCCGCCACCGCCGCCAUGGCCUCCAACUACGAGGAGCUACUGGCGCGGCACCGGGCGAUGCUUAUGGCCGACAGUAUGGCUCAGCAGAGGGAACGGGAGCUCGAGAAACACUCGCGACAACAGACGUCGCCCAACAGUCAUAUGUAUUCCCAUCACAAAUCACUGGAUGGUGGGGCGGGCGGUAACCACCACUUCCAGCGGCCCCUAUCCCCGUCAAAACUCAUGGCAUACCCCCGACCCAUACACCCCAUGCUAUUGGAGAGCAUGUAUCGCAUGCAAGUGGAACAGCAACACAAGUCGGCCGCCACACCAGCCUUUCCCUCCAUGUUUGGCGCCAAUGAGCACAACCACCACAACAACAACGGCACCGGCAAUAGCCGACUGUCCACCGGAGCGGUAGGCGCCACGGGGUUCCCAGCAUUCCCAGCCCGGUAUCCACCGAUGCUAUCGCCCGCCGCUCUGUUAGCGGGCACUCCUGGCGCCGCCCAAGCGUUCGACUUCAUGCGCGCCCACAUGACUACCGGCGCCGCCGACAAACUCAAAGCAGCCCAGCAUCACAUGGGUGGACCCGGAGGUCAGGAACUCCUAUCGCCGCAGAUGUUGAAGGCUAAGGAACGGUAUACGUGCAAGUUUUGCGGUAAGGUGUUCCCUCGGUCGGCCAACCUGACCCGACACCUGCGCACCCACACCGGGGAACAGCCCUAUAAGUGCAAGUACUGCGAGCGCUCGUUCAGCAUCUCAUCCAACCUUCAACGCCAUGUCCGCAACAUUCACAAUAAGGAGAAGCCAUUCAAGUGCCCGCUCUGUGACCGCUGUUUCGGACAACAGACCAAUUUGGACAGACAUCUCAAGAAGCACGAGUCCGACGGCCCCACCAUUUUGGACGGUUCACCCAAAAUGGUCGAUAAGACGGCCGCCGUAGCCGCAGAGGAACAGUAUUUCCACGAAAUCCGUAGUUUUAUGGGUAAAGUGACCGAUAGGUCGGCCACUGAUAAGGCAUUUCGGGCGCUGAUGGCCUCCCAGUCCCACACCAAUGGAGUGGCUGUCAGUAAACUGAUGGCUGCGGCCGCCGCGGCCGGAGUGGUGGCGUCGCCUAAAACUAACGGUACGGCCGACGACAGCGAGACAGUGGCCGAUGAAGAGGAGGAGGAGGUGUCGUCCGAUUUGGACGACUCGGUGACCACCGGUACGAACGCCACGCCCUCCAAGAAACGGCGCCUACAGUCGGAUACGUCGAGUCUGUUGGCCGAUGAGGAGGACGAGGAGGUGGCGAUGAGCGAUGAUAACGAGGGUAACGGCGCCGACGGUAUUGAUUCGGCGACCGACGAGGAUUGCUCGUCAUCCCUGGCCGUCGAGAACGGGAAC